AUGGAAUUACAGAUUUUAUCAAAUUACUAUGAUUUUGAAACUCUAUCUGGUCGAAAAUUGAAUAUUUCACAAGAGAGUGGAGAAACUGUUGGAAAUGUAAAAAAAAGAAUUGCUUCAAUUUUUGGAAAUGAUGGAGAGAUUGGAAGUGAUGGUAGUUUUUAUUUAUUACAUUAUGGUAGAGAAUUAAAUGAUGAUGAAAUUGUUAAUCAAUCUUUAAUUGAUAGUAGUGUGGAUGGCGAUGAUAAAUUAAGAGGAAAUGGUAGUAAAAAGGAUAAUAAUAAUAAUGGUAAACCAAUUCAAAUUCGUCGUAAUAGAUAUAGUUGUUUUGCUGAACAUAUGAUUAAUGAGCAUUUAGUAAAACCAUGGUCAAAAUGGAUUGCUAGAAUUUCUUGUAUAAUUUUUUCAGUGUUACUAAUUGCAUCAUUGGCACAAAUUUCAUUUUACCUUCCACAUGCUAAAAAUGUACCAGUAACAUUUCAAACAUUGGGUGUAUUUGUAAUGUCAUCUUUAUUAGGAUGGAAAAUGGGAUGCUCCAGUAUUAUCCUUUACUUAUUAUGUGGUCUUGCAGGUGCUCCAUUCUUUACAAAUCAGAACCAUGGUGUAACUUAUAUGUAUGGAAGUACUAGUGGUUACUUGUAUGGUUUCAUCGUUGCCUCUUUUAUUGUUGGAUUUUUCGCCGAAAUGGGUAGUGAUAGAGCUUAUAUCUUUAAUUGGAAAUCCACUUUGUUUUCAAUGAUAUUUGCAAAUAUUGCCAUUUACAUUAUUGGUAUUCCUGUUUUAGCUAUUAAAAUUGGUUGGAUAAAAUCAUUCAAAUUAGGUUUACUUCCAUUUUUAGUUGGUGAUGCACUUAAAAUAAUUAUUGCAACAAUUAUAAUUCCAUCAAUUUGGAAAUUCAUUGCAUUUCUCUCAAAUAAGCGUAUAAUUAUUAAAUCUCCAACAAUUAAAGAUAUUUUAUCUUCUUCACAAUUAAAAAAUGAUAAAACUUCAAUUGAACUAAAUAAUAUAAACUCACAAUAA